UAGGGUUAAUAAUGGGUGCAGUUUUACGAUAUGGAACCUCACCUUCAAUCCCUCAAAGUACUCUGAUAUAUAGCUGUGGGAACCUCCAGACCGCUCCAGCAACGCUGAUGAUUAACCUGUCAUAUCAAGUGUUUGAGUAUCAGUACGCAGGAGAGGUCGCCAACGACAACGUCAAAGCUCAUCAGGGAAAUAAGAUGCUCCAAAAGUUGACAUUUGAUCCAGAAGUGUUCUUCAAUAUUUUAUUACCACCAAUAAUAUUUAAUGCAGCAUACAGUUUAGACAAGAGGCCCUUCUUUCAUAACUUUGGGUCAGUGUUAACAUAUGCCUUUUUCGGGACAGUCAUCUCCUGCAUUGUCAUUGGGGCUAUUAUGUUUGGGUUUGUUCAAAUCAUGACAAACCUUGGCCAGAGUGAAGGAAUGGAUUUAUUUUUCACAGACUGUCUCUUCUUUGGGGCUUUGAUGUCAGCCACUGACCCAGUGACGGUGCUCGCCAUCUUCACAGAGCUGCAUGUCGACGUGGACUUAUACACGCUGCUGUUUGGGGAAAGUGUACUCAAUGAUGCUGUGGCUAUAGUUCUAAGCUCUUCUAUAGCAGCUUACAGACCUCCAGAGAGCCCCACAGCUUUUAGUGCAAGUGCUUUCUUCCUGAGUGUUGGACACUUCAUUGGGAUUUUCGCUGGCUCUUUUGCCAUGGGAACCCUCUAUACUUUUAUUACAGCUUUGAUAUCCUUUUUUACAAACCUAUACGAAUAUCCACAGGUGGAAACUGGACUGUUCUUCCUAAUGUCUUGGAGUGCAUUCCUCUCUGCAGAGGCCUGUGGUCUAACAGGGAUUGUUGCUGUGCUUUUCUGUGGAAUGACACAAUCCCAUUACACUUACUUCAAUCUUUCAACUGAAGCCAAAUCAAUAACUAAACAGGUGUGUGAGUUUAUGAAUUUCCUUGCGGAGAACUUCAUCUUUUGCUACAUGGGCCUGGCAAUGUUUACCUUUCUAAACCAUGUCUUCAACGCACUGUUCAUAGCAGGGGCCUUUCUAGCUAUUUUUGCAUCCAGAGCAUGCAAUAUAUACCCUCUAUCUUUCCUUCUUAAUCUGGGUAGAAAAAAAAAGAUCCCUUGUAGCUUUCAGCACAUGAUGAUGUUUUCAGGACUCCGUGGGGCAAUUGCAUUUGCUUUGGCAAUCCGAGACACAUCCACUGAAUCCAAACAGAUGAUGCUCACCACAACAUUGCUCACCGUGUUUUUCACUGUGUGGAUCUUUGGUAGUGGAACUGUUCCAGUGCUGUCUUGUUUGAGUAUCAGAGUGGGCGUAGAUCCUUCAGAAGAUUCAAAUGCAGAAAUCACAACUCGGACAGACGCUAGGGAGAGGGCAUGGCUUUUCAGGAUGUGGAAUGCUUUUGAUCACAAUUUCCUGAUGCCCAUUUUGACCCGCUCUGGCACCCCAUUGACAACAACACUGCCUGCAUGGUGUGGGCCAUUCGCCAGACUAGUGACCAGUCCACAGGGGUACAAGAGUCGUGAGAACGUAGAAAACCUCAGUUCAAAGCCUACUAUGAAUUUUCCUGACAUAGUAGAGUCUCCCGAAACAACAGAAAACAGUGAUCUUCAAGCAUCACCACCAGCAAACCAAAACAACAUGCAAGAAAGAGACCUCAGGCUUGGUGGCUUUGUCCUGAGAGUGCAACCCUGUGGAAUGGAUUCAAAAGUAUAAUCGAAAUAAUACAGUAAAGAUACAGUGCGAUUUUGUGAGACACUGACCUUGAUAUGUUUUGCUUGUUCCAUGUGAACAGGAACAGGUUUCGGAACUGCCCGUUUUGAAAGGUAGGGAUUUUUUUGUUAAAUCAAAUGGAACAGGUUCCAGAAAAAGGAAAGUGCAGUGAUUCACCACAUCCGAA